UCGGCUAAAGUCUCAGAACAAGAAAGGAACCUUCUUCGUCUGCUUCCCUCAUGGCCUCCCCUGGCAUUAGCAGAGGUGGACUGGUUUCGGGCUUUCUCCUCUGUUUCCUUGUGCUGCAAGCCUUGGCGGGCGCUUCGGGGGUAGUCAUCGGCCUACGGCGGCACCAGGGCGGCGCGCAGAGGCGGCGGCCCACCGACCAAACAGCGUGCGACCUGUUCGCCGGGAGCUGGGUGAAGGACGACUCCUACCCGCUAUACCAGUCGCUGAGCUGCCCCAUCAUCGAUCCCGAGUUCAACUGCCAGUUAUAUGGACGGCCGGACACCGAGUACCAGCGGUACCGAUGGCAGCCGAGCGGAUGCGAGCUCCCCAGGUUUGACGGGGUUGGUUUCUUGGCGACAAUGAGGGGUAAGACGGUGAUGUUCGUGGGCGACUCGCUCGGGCGGAACCAGUGGCAGUCCUUAAUCUGCAUGCUCGCCGCCGCGGCGCCGCAGUCGCAGACCCAGUUCGUCAGAGGAGAGCCUCUCUCCACCUACAAGUUCCUGGAUUCUGGAGUCUCGGUUUCCUUCUACCGGGCACCUUAUCUGGUGGACAUCGACGUGGUGCAAGGGAGAAGAAUCCUCAUGCUGAACGAGAUAACAGGGAAUGCCGAAGCAUGGAGAGGAGCGGACGUCUUGUGCUUCAACUCCGGCCAUUGGUGGACUCACAAGGGAGCUCUUCAAGGGUGGGAUUACAUGGGAGAUGCAGGCUCUUUCUACGAGGACAUGGAUCGAUUGGUCGCGUUCCAGAAAGGGAUGAGCACAUGGGCAAACUGGGUCGACGCUACCGUCGACAGGACCAAGACGAAGGUCUUCUUCCAGUCCAUAUCUCCCACCCACUACAAUCCGGCGGAGUGGAACGGAGCGGCCUCGAAGAACUGCUUCGGCGAGACGGCGCCGGUGGGCGGGUGGAACUACACGGCCCGGUACCCGGAGCAGAUACAGGUGAUCAAGGGCGUGAUCAAGGCAAUGAGGAGUCCCGCCGCCUUGCUCGACAUCACCGCCUUGUCGGAACUCCGAAAGGACGGCCACCCUUCCAUCUACAGCGGCGACUUGACUCCGGAGCAGCGGGCCAACCCCGACCGCUCCGCCGAUUGCAGCCACUGGUGCCUCCCCGGCCUCCCCGACACCUGGAACCUUCUCCUCUACACUGCCCUCUUCUUCUCCUGAUCCGUAUGGCGCCUCGUCUCUUCAUUCUUCUCAUCAGAAAUUAGAGGCUGUGGAGUCAAAUAAACUUGAGGAGCAAACACAGAAAAAAUUGCACAUGUAGGUGCAUGCAUCAAUUGCUAUUUUCAUCUCAUGUUCAUUACAAAAGUUUAGCAGAAUAGGCCUCUCAUCAUCACAAUCCUUUUCUGCUUCUUCAUCAGUUCCAAAAUCAUGCUUGAUCUGAACAUAAGUUCACAAUGUCAGAAACCACUCUCAGUUUCAGAUUCCAUCCAGAAUGAGAGCUCAAUGCAGCAUCACUGAACUCCCUAUUCAUCUGCAAAACAAGACAGGAAACUUUCAACAGUUCUGUCAGCACACAAGAAGACAAAGACUCAUCUGUUUGAACACCAAUCUGAACUCGUGCAGAUCCUCCCUGCACAUCAAUCACCAUCUUGAUCUGCAUGGAUAUCAGCCUACAAGCCAUUAAACACAGUGGUGUGUGCUUGUCCUGAUUGUAACACCAACAUAAGCCUCAACAGGACACAGGAUUCUGUGUUUUGCAUCCCUGAUACCAAGCCAAGCUUUUGAGCCUACAAACAUGGCAAACGUUCAAUAAGAUUAACUAGGAGAAUUAAUUUUCA